GCAACACUGCGUCAGUCCACUUGUAACGAUCGAAGCGGGUGAACAUCGAGGAGAGGUCGUGGAGGAAUUUACCAUCUAGCCACCAUCGCCGUUCGCCAAAAACACCAUGGCUGACACCGACAGCGAAAAGGCGCCGCAGCCGCAGCCCCAACAGGACCAACAACCAACAUCAAAACCCCAGCAAAAACAAAAGCAGGUCAUUGCUGAGAAAGUUUCGGGCACUGUCAAAUGGUUUAACGUCAAGAGUGGAUAUGGUUUCAUAAACAGGAAUGACACCAAGGAGGAUGUGUUCGUACAUCAAACCGCGAUCGCCCGGAACAACCCGCGCAAGGCUGUGCGCUCGGUCGGUGACGGCGAGGCUGUGGAGUUUGCUGUCGUGGCCGGCGAGAAAGGCUACGAGGCAGCCGGAGUGACCGGCCCCGGCGGCGAGCCAGUCAAAGGCUCGCCCUAUGCUGCCGACAAGCGGCGAGGAUUCCCACGCCAAUACUAUCCUCGGCAAGGCAGCGGACGCGGCGGUGAGGGGGCUCCACGCAGAGGCGGCAUGGGACGGCGCGGGCCCCCGCCCACCACGGGGGGCGCGCAGGGAGACGAGGGACAGGACGGCGGCGGGGCGCCGCCGCAGCGCUAUUUCCGCCGUAACUUCCGCGGCGGGCGGCGCGGCGGCGGGCCCCGGCCGAUGUAUCGCGGCGGCUACCGGUAUGUGCGCCCGCGCAACAACCCGCCGGGCCAGGGGCAGCCUCCGCGCCAGAACGGACCGGACGGCGAGGCGCAGGCCUCCGCGGCUGCGACGCCGGCGCCCGCCAAGGGCAAGGCCAAGCCCGCGGCGCCGUGCAACGUCACCGAGGUCACCACCAACGAGAGCCAGGCCUGAGCCGCCGGCGACACGCGGCACGCCCAGUAGUAGUGCAUCCAGCCGUGCCGCGCACCAUCACUGCUCUAGCUAUUCAACUAAAGAGUGUUUCCUUGCAUCACGGCGAUCGAUGAUCAGGUCAUUGUACACAUUGUACUGUCGGUUCAAAUAGCAAUGCCUCAGUUUUUCAGCAGAUAACUGACAUAGUAUUGCCAUGUUAAACACACAAAUAGGUUUUCCUAUUUUCACAACCAUUUAAAAACCCUACUUUACAUUGACGAGUUGACGUCACACUCUCUGUCGACAAAAUGUCAAAUGAUAAAUGUCAAUUGUCAUUGUUUCAGACCAAUUCUAUAAUAAUAAUAAUAAAUACACUUUAUUUGCACAACCACAAGAAGGAUUACAUUAAAGAAUACAAAACGCAGACAGAUCUUUUGUCUCUUUCAAAAAAAUUAGUGGUAUUGUAUUUUUUUUAAAUUAGUGGUAUUGUAUACAGCUAUUGUCACAACUUGUUUUUGGUGUAUGCAAUAAAUGGUGACAUUGCAUACUCACACACAUACAUACAUGUCAUGUGUGCUAUUUGAAUCGACUAUACACCAUUUAUCUGUACAUGUCAAUGGGGGUGAUGAGAGUGGAACUGCAUAGUAUCAUGGAUCAGAGAUGUGAUAUUUUUUCUUAUUUAAAAAUAAUGUGUUGUAUUGUGCACCAUAUGGCCGCCGGGCGGCGAGCGAUAAUAUGGGAGGAUGAUUUACUAUUUAAUAUUAUGUAUUAUGGGUCGCCGCGCGCCCUUGCCUCUAUUGCGCGUUUUAUAUUUAAAAUGUUUUGAAUGAACUAUUGGAUAAAUAAAAAGAUAAUAUAAAAUCUAAAUCAAAUCAAGAUGUGCAAUGUUAAAUUAUAUUGUUUAUUUUUUGACGAAAUGAGAAAUGAUAUGCAGGUCCUGAGGCCCCAAAAUGAUCUUAUAUUUUUAAUUUUUUAAUAAAAAUCAAUGAAUUAUUAUUAAUCUUGCAAUUUUAAACUCGUAUUUACAAUCAUUAUUAGUAUGAAGUCUCGCAUGUAGCUUAUAAAUUAUAUUGUUUAUUUUAUGGCAAAAUGAGAAAUGAUAUGCAGGUCCUGAGGCCCCAAAAUGAUCUUAUAUUUUUAAUUUUUUAAUGAAAAUCAAUGAAUUUUAUUAUUAAUAUUGCAAUUUUAAAACUCGUAUUUACAAUCAUUAUUAGUAUGAAGUCUCGCAUGUAGCACUUCAUUGAUAUUAUUUAAUGAAUAUAAUCUGAACCUACACUAUGCCUUUGUGUGAGUUAUUGCAAUGAUUGUGAAUAUGGAUGAAGCCUAGACGUGCAGGAACAGAUUGUUUCUUUUGAUGAUUAUUAUGGUUCUGCUAAAAUUUAAGGCAUGUUUUUUUAAAAUUUUAAGUAGUAUUUUUUAACUUCUAACAUUCAGAGAAAAUAAACUUCUUUUUACCCGUG